GCCGAGCCGCGAAAGCGACCGCCCCUCCCCCCUUCCUCUUCUCCACCUCCUCCCUCCCUCCCCUCUCCUGCCAAGAACGAACCCACUCCUCCUAUCGCCUCCGCAAAGGGAAGGCUCCCCGCCCUCUCCUCCCGGGAGGCUCCUGAGGAUUAUCCGCUCGCUCCUCUGCGGAGGCCAACUAGGAUAACAGCUAGGAGUUGAGGAGAAUGGCAGUUGGCGGAACUCAGCCGACCCUCAGGAAGUACCUUGGUGCCCUCAAGGACACAACAACUGUGAGCUUGGCAAAAGUGAAUAGUGAUUAUAAGGAUUUGGACAUUGCAAUCGUUAAGGCCACGAACCAUGUUGAGCGUCCAUCAAAGGAGAAGUACAUAAGAGAAAUUUUUCUUUCCAUUUCUGCUGCAAGGCCACGGGCAGAUGUUGCUUACUGCAUUCAUGCCCUUGCCAGACGCCUUUCGAAGACUCGCAACUGGGCGGUUGCACUGAAGACAUUGAUUGUCAUACACCGUGCUCUUCGAGAAGUUGAUCCCACUUUUCGUGAAGAGCUUAUCAAUUAUGGCAGAUCUAGGUCCCAUAUGCUCAACAUGGCCUACUUUAAGGAUGACUCCAGUGCAGAAGCUUGGGAUUAUUCUGCAUGGGUGCGCAUUUAUGCUUUAUAUCUAGAGGAGAGGCUCGAAUGUUUCCGAGUGCUGAAGUAUGAUGUAGAAACAGAUCCACCGAGAAGUCGGGAUCUUGAAACUGCUGCCUUGCUUGAUCAUCUGCCACCACUACAGCAGCUCCUUUUUCGGCUUCUUGCUUGCCAGCCACAAGGAGCAUCAUCUUACAAUAUAAUAAUCCAGCAUGCACUUUCUAUGGUUGCUUUAGAGAGUGUUAAGAUUUACACGGCCAUUAGCGACGGAACAAUCAAUCUGGUUGACAAGUUCUUUGAGAUGCCAAGAAACGAUGCGGUUAGGGCACUUGAUAUAUACAAAAGAGCAACUAACCAGGCUGAAAGACUCUCAGAAUUCUAUGAAGUGUGUAAAACUAUACACAUUGGGCGCGGUGAGAAAUUCUUAAAAAUUGAACAGCCUCCAGCAUCAUUCUUACAGACUAUGGAGGAGUAUGUAAGAGAUGCUCCCACGAUGGCAAAGGAAAAGGCUGUGCUGGCGAUAGAAUACAAAAAAGAGCCAGAGGAGGAAGAAAAACCAGCUUCACCUCCUCCAGCUCCAGAGCCAGAACAAGCACAACAAGAACCCGAGCCGGAACCUGAACCUGUCAUAGAGGAACCACCAGUAGCUGAACCAGAUUUGCUGGGUCUGAAUGAACCUAGCCCUGCUGCAACCGCGAUAGAGGAGCAGAAUGCUUUGGCGUUAGCAAUCGUUCCUAUAGACGAUGUUCCGAAAGCUGCUCCUGCCUUUGAAAAUGGAGUCACAGGCUGGGAACUGGCCCUUGUCACGGCACCAAGUUCGAAUGAAACCGCCGUUACCUCAACCAAAAAAUUGGCUGGUGGUCUGGAUUUGCUGACCCUCGACAGCCUGUACGACGACGCGAACCGGAGAGCGAGCCAGCCGGUGAGCUACAACCCCUGGGAGGCGGCCCCCGCCCCGAUGCUUCAGACGAUGGCGCCGGCGACGCAGGACCCGUUCUACGCGUCGGGCGGGUACGCGGCGCCCCACGCGGUGCAGAUGGCCGCCAUGGCGCAGCAGCAGCAGGCCUUCAUGCUGCAGCAGCAGAUGAUGGCGCCGCCGGCGGCCGCCGUCCACCACCCGAUGCAGAUGCAGAUGCAGAUGCAGCAGAACCCCGCGAACCCGUUCGGCAACCCCUUCGCGCCCGCCGGCGCGCACCCCUACGGCGCCGCCGGCAUGCCGCUCCAUGCCGGGCCCGGCAACGUCUACACGGGGCUCAUCUAGCCAUCAGCUUGGUCCGGCGCGGUUGGUUUAGCACCACUACACUACACCAUUCUUUUUGUCCAGGUUUUCUUGUUGCCAUUGUGAGGAGGAGAUUUGUAGCAGCACACGGACAGAGGCAGGGCACAGGUAGAGUCGGUCGUAUAGCGUCGAAGGCUGUGGGUGUAUAGAGUCAAGUAGGUGGUGAUUUGUAUAGGGUUUGAUCGUUCCUUCAUGUGCAGUCGAGAGAGGGAGAGGGAGUCGAUUUCUUGUUGCCAGGAGACACAGGAACACGUAUUGGAUUAUUCUUGCUGGACACGGUUGAAUAACGCCACAUUCUUUCUCUAGCA